AUGACGGCUCACAUACCAUUCGUACAGUCUAGUUAUCUGAGAUCCAUCCCGGAAUCUCAUCCGUCCUGCGACUUUGCUGCUGAACCCUUCUCACCUCCCUCACGUUCGAAGUCCAGUCGACGUCGUUCGCGGGCGGCAACCGCCUCCAUUGCAGUUGCUGUUGCCCCGGCCAUUGCCGCCGCCACCACCACCGCGACUACUACCAUCUUAGGUCCAUACUUCGCGACUGAAGAUCAUUUCCGCCCACCGUCUAAAGAAAAGUCCGUCUUAGCCAAACUGGCUGGAACGCGGGAUAACGCAAAGCGGUUCCUCCGUAUGGGGGCUGCAGUCAAUACACACUCGAUGGAAACCCUCAGAGUGCCGCGGACAUCUAGGCCGCGGCCCAUGUCCGAAAUCAUCGUGUCUCCGCAACUUGCGGAGAUGCUAUCUAAUGCAGGCUCGGGAACCGGCCGACCCCGGACAGGCUCUACGUCAACGAUCUCGCCCGUUCCAUCGUCUGUGUUGGAAUCCCCGACUGCUUCAUCAGCUGCGUCUACAGCUCCGUUUCCUGUCAUUCGGAACGAGAAGAUUGUUGCCACAGGAAGUGGCAUCUCCGUUGGCAUUGCCCUCACAGAGCCUGUCCUCUUCCUGGCGGGAUAUGAUCCGAAUGAUCCGAGCACGAAGAAGUCCGCUAUUCUACGGGGACAGUUGCAUUUGAAGAUCACCAAAUGUGUCAAGAUCAAGAAGAUAUCUAUCUGCUUCCGUGGACAUGCGCAGACCGACUGGCCUGAUGGCAUUCCACCAAAAAAGACACAUUUCCAUGAUAAAAAGGACUUGGUGACUCAUGGCGUCAUCUAUUUCAACCAUGGCGAUACGGCCCUGAUGAAAAACGACUAUGGCGCGCACUACUACCAGUAUGCAAAGUCGUCCACUGCCAACUUGAAAGACGGAGUUACGGCGACUACUCGUGAGCUGCGCUCCAAGAAUGGAUCCUCGACGUCUAUGCACAGCGGUCAUAGCAGUCAUAGCGGUCAUACUACCACCAAAGAACUCAAGGCUCUUUCUCUCCAGUCAAAUGCGUCUCGCAGUUUCGGGAAGAAUGAGGCGCCACCCGCAACACAAUCGCACCCUCAACGCAACUACAGAAUGUUCCCGGUUGGCGAUUAUCUCUACAGUUUCGAAUUCCCCAUUGACGGGUCACUCCCGGAAACAAUUAAGACCGAUUUGGGAUUUGUUAGGUAUGACCUGGAAGCGAUCGUGGAACGAGCUGGGGCUUUUCGACCAAACCUCCUGGGUACGAUGGAGGUUCCUGUCAUCCGGACGCCGGCGGAAGGUUCACUGGAACAAGUGGAGCCGAUCGCCAUAUCCCGGAAUUGGGAAGAUCAGCUUCAUUACGAUAUUGUCAUUUCGGGAAAAUCAUUUCCAUUGGGUUCCCAGGUCCCAAUUGCCUUCAAAUUAACGCCCCUCGCAAAGGUUGAGUGCCAUCGAAUCAAAGUAUUCGUGACGGAAAAUAUCCAGCACUGGACGGCGGACAAGAAUGUCCACCGACUUCAGCCGGCAAAGAAAGUGCUGUUGUUCGAGAAACGGGCGGACUCUGCCAGUACCAGCACGUAUCCGGGAAGCUCCAUCCGUGUCACCGCAGGCGGCGGCAUCGACUGGGACCACCGUGCGGCUGCUGCCAGGGGCGAGGAAAUCGUUGAUCGGAGACGGACCAGUUUGCUGGGGGACCUCUCCAGCGAUAUUGGUAUAGGGCCGACGGAGAUGGAGUUCAGCGUACAGUUGCCAACCUGUCACGAAAUGAAGAAUAGACCCGAAUCUCAACGGCUACAUUUCGAUACGACGUAUGAGAAUAUUCAAAUAAGUCAUUGGAUCAAGAUUGUGUUGCGUUUAUCCAAGGUUGAUGAGAGAGAUCCAACCAAACGAAGGCAUUUUGAAAUCUCGAUCGACUCACCAUUCCACCUCCUUUCUUGCAAAGCUACGCAAGCCAACAUCUACCUCCCGGCGUACACGUCUCCUGACAGUGAACCGGCUUCGGUGCAAGAAUGUGAAUGUGGCUGUCAGAGGACAGCCAAGAAAGAUGGACAAUCCACCCCGGUCGCUGACGUCUCUCGCCAGAGUCAGCCAAACAUGUCGCGGAGCUUUACCAGUGGAUCUGGAGGACUAGCUCGCCCUGCUCAAGCUCAUCUGGCUGAUGAUCCUCCUGAUCGGAUUCAACGCCCGAUACAUCUGCUUCGGUUCCCGUCGUUUGCCCCACCAGCCUUCGAGGAGGUCCCGCCCCCACCGCCGUUGAUAACACCGCCCCCGGAUUACUCUUCGAUCGUGGGUAAUAAUGAUCGGGAGGCUGUUCUUGAGGACUACUUCCAGCGGCUGUCCAGCUAUGAGGAACAUGCAGACGACGAUCGAGGCCGAGGACGUGUUGAUGUGCCUCUCACACCAGGGGGGCGUGUCAACCGCAGCAUGGAUGUUCCCCGCGACUGGGUGCGGUUGGAUGCAUAG